AUGGCAGGUCAAGCGAGGAAAAGAACAGCGGCUCAGCGCAAGGCUUUAAACGAGGAUGAAGAACCUCUGAACCCGACUGAAAUCCUCGAUAACGAUGGUCAAGAAGAUCAGAUAAGAUUGUUGAGACAAAAGAACAUCGAUGAUAAUAAACAAGCUCAUCUGGCUUUGGAUAUAGGCGUAUUGAUAGCAUUGGUCAUUACGAUCCUCCAAUUCUUUGAUCACCUCUCCUCCCCUAAUCCGAUAUUCUGCAUCCUCUCAAUCAUCCAAUUCAUCCUCCUCCCAUUCUCAAUUUCACCCGACCGCAUUCCCUCAAACCUGCCCUUCACGCAGAUAUCACCAGAGAACCACUUAUAUUCCCUAUCUGUCCAUCUGACCGUAUCACUCUGCGCGUUAUUCAUACGAUACCACAAUUCGUUACCUAGCUCAGGGAUGGAUGUGGUAGCGUUGGAAUUGGGCGAAGUGGCAAGAUGGAUUAUACCUACUCUGGUGGUUGGUGCGGUAGACAUGCAGAGAAGGGGGGAAAGACAAUCUGAGAUCAGGCUGGGGGAGUUAGAAGGGAUGAAGUAUGAUUUGAAAGGGGCAUAA